AUGGCAGAAAACAUCGUUCACCCUGUGAUUAUUCACCCAAUGGUAGCGCCACAAAUAGAGCGAAUGAUUUGGCACUCUCUUGACAAUUACCUGUACAGAAACGCGACAUUCUUGGCUGAGAGGCUGUACGCAUUUGAUAAGGAAAAUGAAAACGCGCUGUAUCUGUUGGCCACUUGUCAUUAUCGUAGUGGAAACCGAAAAAAUGCUUACAAGUUACUGCAAGGGUCACAUUCACCAAAAUGUGUUUAUCUUUUCGCGAAAUGUUGUCUAGAAUUAGAUAGAGCUGAAAUUGGCAGAGAGAAAUUAUUAUCAAUCCUGCCCGAAGUCGAAGGUCACGAUAGUUUGGAUAUCCCGGGUGAUCCUUUCAGAUGUGACAAACCAGACGAAUCAGUCGUCUUAUGUUUGUUAGGGGCUUUAUGCAGAAAAACAAAAAGUAUUGAUGAAGCCGCGCUACACUAUAUGGCUUGUUUAAAAAAGAAUCCAUUUAUGUGGGAAGCCUUUGAGGCGCUUUGCCAAUUAGGGAAAUCGACUCAGAUUGAUUUACAAGAAAUAUUUCAACCACCCAAUGAUAAAUCAACACCAAGGAUUCCCUGUACAGAUAUACUACGUCCACAAUUCAUAUCAUCAAAAAUACUUUCAAGACCAGAACGAGGGAAUCAUGCAGCGACUCCAAGGCGAAGUUCAAGGAUUUCAUCAAAUAAGUCGACAACAAUUCAAUCACAAUCAUUGAUAGAUACCAGGGAAAAGAAACGAACACGUAUUAUGAAUGAAGAGAAAACUAGCAAUAAUACUACUAUGAUGUCAAUUGACGAUGAGAACAAACGAUCAAGAACAAACAUUCACUCUAACAAACAUGUGACGGAUUUCGAGAAUGAAGGUGUAAGUAAUCUAGGAUUGAUUUAUCACGAUAUGAAAAAGACGAAAUAUUUAUUAACCUUGAGUAUCUUAUAUAUGAAGAAAGGAAUAGAAGAUACGAAAGAAGACCAACACAUUAAAUUUAAUAAUAAUACUUCAGAUGAUGAUCGUAGAAUAGCACGAAUUGAAAUAUUGGAUCUGUUGAAAAAAUGCGCGCGAGGUCUUUCAUAUGUCAGUGAAUUUGAGUGUCAUAAAGCAAUAGCCGCUUUCGCCGAACUACCUAAAGCUCAAUAUGAAACGCCUUGGGUUUAUGCCCAACUUGGCAAAGCUCACUUUGAAUUAGUCGAUUAUCCAAGGGCUGAACAUUGUUUUCAAUGGGUACGAAACGUUGAACCUUUUCGAAUGGAAGACAUGGAAAUAUAUUCUACAGCGCUUUGGCACAUGCGUAAAGAUGUCGCUCUGAGCACUUUAGCACAUGAACUUGUAGAGUAUGAUCGCCGGUCACCACAGGCAUGGUGUGCAGUCGGUAAUUGUUUUAGUCGUCAACAAGAACAGGACAUGGCAUUAAAAUGUUUUCAACGUGCAAUACAAUUGGAUCCGUCGUUCACUUAUGCACACACGUUGUCGGGUCAUGAAUGUAUGGCGAAUGGAAAUUUCGAAAAAGCGCAAGAACAUUUUCGGAAUGCUAUUAACACGAAUCGACGUCAUUAUAAUGCUUGGUAUGGAUUAGCCAAUUACUAUGCAACUUGCGGUAAAAAGCAAUCUGCUGAGCGUCAUUAUCGAGCUGCACUGGAUAUUAAUCCUAAUCACGCGGUUCUUAUAUGUUGUUUAGGAAAAGUAUUAGAAAAAAUGAAUAGAUUUCAAGAAGCCCGUGCUCUAUAUGAUCGUGCAUGUGAAGUAACACCCAAUACACCCCUUGCUAAAUUCAAAAAAGCCAAAUCAUUAUUCCGAGAACAUGAGUAUCAGGUGGCAAUUAAGGAACUAGAUGCGCUCAAAACUACAGUCCCCAAAGAACCUAAAGUCUAUUUCCUACUAGGGAAGAUCUACAAAGCGCUCGGUGACCGAGUUAAUUCCACGCAAAAUUUUACGGCUGCAUUACAGCAAGACCCCAAAAUGGCGCACGUUAUAAAGAGUGCGAUGGAGAAACUCGAUCCUGAUCUAGGCAAUGAUUCAAGUAUGGCGCUGUCGAAUACUUGA